GUUCGCGACCUCGCAAAGAAGCAAUCCUUUUCCUUCUUCUCUGCCGUCGUCUGCUCCGCCCUCAAACCCUCGCCGCGCCGGAUCCCGAUCGCCGGGAUCGGAGUGCUUCUUUCGUCGCCAUGGAAUUGCCUCCGAUCUCCUCCAAUCCACGCACCAUCGAUGAGAUCUUCAAGGACUUCUCCUCUCGCCGCACGGCCAUCAUCCGCGCCCUCACUGUUGAGGUGGAGGACUUCUACGCUCUCUGUAGCCCAGAGAAGGAUAAUUUGUGUUUGUAUGGACACUCGAAUCAAAUGUGGGAGGUGAACUUGCCGGCGGACGAGGUGCCACCGGAGAUGCCGGAGCCGGCGUUGGGGAUCAACUUUGCGAGGGAUGGGAUGGACAGGAAGGAUUGGCUUUCGCUUGUUGCUGUUCACAGUGAUUCCUGGCUUCUCUCUGUCGCGUUCUACUUCGCCUUCCGCUUCAGCGGCAACGAUAGGAAGCGCCUUUUCAGCAUGAUCAAUGAUCUCCCGACUGUCUUUGAAGUGGUAUCUGACAGGAAGGCGCCUAAAGACAAGUCUGGGUUGGAUAGUGGAAGCAAGUCGAAACAGUCCGUGAAGCGAACAAGUGAGGGUCAAGUAAAAAGCAAUUCCAAACCAGCUGAUGACGUGUACGGUGAAGAUGAUGAUGAACACAGUGAAACUCUCUGCGGUACCUGCGGUGGCAACUACACCACAAAUGAGUUCUGGAUCGGGUGUGAUGUGUGCGAGAGGUGGUUUCAUGGCAAGUGUGUGAAGAUAACACCAGCUAAAGCCGACAGCAUUAAGCAAUACAAAUGCCCCAGUUGCAGCUCCAAAAGGGGAAGGCAGUAACUUGACAAACUUGUGAAUUUUAUCACCCUGAAUUGAGGUAUAUUUUUUUUUUUUCUUCUUUUUUACUGUAAUUUCCCAGUCGAAGGAGUUCGUAUCUUUCACAUGCCGUGUGAACUUUGUGCGAAGACUUGGGAUAUGUUUUACUUAUAUCUACAUAGGAGGGGUCAUCAGAAAAGAUGGAUAUCUAACUAUACCAUGGUUUAUGUUUUGUUGUUUGGAACCUGGGAAAGAAAAUCGCUGUGAAUGUUGUGUCUUGUAGUUUCCUCUCAUAUGGUGUACCAGUCAUCUAAUUUUGUUGUCAAAAGAACUAUUGCCUUUUUUAUGUAUGAAUCUACAGGUGCAAAUCUUAUGUCAUUUUAA